AAAAAACAAUAAAUUUAAAGUGUGUGGGUUGACACAAAAUCUUCAAACUAAAGAAUAUGCGGUGGUAUAUGUACCUCGUUAUAGAAGGAGCAUUAGUAAUGUGUUAUACGGGUCAGGCGAGCGAAUCUUACACGGGUCAUCCGAACUUUCGGAAAUUGUUUUAUCCGAUUUAGAAGCUCCUCAUAAAAAAUUAUUGCACUGUGUUAGAUUUACUAAAGGAAUUUCAAACUUCAUACGAGAAAUAAACUUCGGAUUAUUGAUUGCAUAUGCUGCUUUGGGUAUCAUGGCCAUAGUGCCGAUAUACUAUGGUUCAUUUGCAUCAGUCAAAUGGCCUAAGAAAUCCAAACAAAAACAUAAAGGCCCCGGUCAUGAUGCGGACUCGUCUUCAGAGGAGGAAUCUUCAACUGAGUCUUUAUCAACAGAAGACGCUUACCUCUUUCCCAUAUUUGGUUCAGUCGUGUUAUUUUCUCUAUAUCUAAUAUUUAAAUUGUUGGAUAAAGAAUAUGUUAAUUAUCUUGUUACUGCAUACUUUGCAUUCUUGGGCGUAGUUGCAGUGACUAAUGUUGGGGUUCAUGUUAUCAAAAGCGUUUUCAAUCUUAAAGAGUUUAAAGUUGACACUUAUAAACUCGUAUUAACAAAAAAGGCUAAAGGCACCAAAAAUUGGAUUGCAUCAAAUAUUUUCGGACUUGCCUUUGCUUUUAACGCAAUUCAGAUGUUAUCGUUGGAUUCCUUCAAAACGGGUAUGAUUCUUCUUGGCGGAUUAUUUUUCUACGAUAUAUUUUGGGUAUUUGGUACAGAGGUUAUGGUCACUGUAGCAAAGAGCUUUGAUGCACCCAUUAAAGUUGUAUGGCCAAAACAGUGGACUGGAUUACAACCUGAUGAAGCUUUGCAAUUUACAAUGCUUGGAUUGGGCGAUAUUGUUGUUCCUGGUAUUUAUGUGGCCCUUUGUCUUCGCUUCGACCACAGCAAUUACCUAAAAAAGAACCCUAACGCGGAUCGACGCUCUACUUUCCAUACUCCUUAUUUUUGGAACUGUUUUACGGCAUACAUAUUGGGGCUUGUCACAACGAUAGUAGUUAUGCACACAUUUAAAGCUGCACAACCUGCGUUGCUUUAUCUUUCCCCAGCGUGUAUAUUGUCUGUCCUCGCUACCGGAAUAGCGAAAAAUCAAUUAAAAGAUGUUUUUAGUUAUUCUGCUGAUGAUGCCGAAAGCAAAGGCGAAGAAAAGAAAAAGAAAGACACAGGUCAUCUAGCGAAGCAAAUAUCAAGUGAAAGCGAAGGCGACGAUGGAAGUUUAAAGAAACGAAAUAUCCAGGGUGAUGACGACAAUUCUGGAGCAAGUGCCGUCCUUACCGCGGAAGAAGAAGAUUAUGUAGAAGUAUCAUCUACGUCAACAAGCGGUACUAAAAGUAAAAAGAGUAAGAAAAAAAAUUCUAAAAAGAAAUCGAAUUAA